GUUUGACUGGUGAAUGAGGCAACGAUAUUGAUUUUGACCUAUUUAGGAAAGACUGGCAGACAAGAAUAAGAAUAAGAAGCAUUUCCAGAUAUUAACAUUAAUAGCGAGAAAAGGAAAGUGGCUCGAUGAGUCUACGAAUCGAACGGAUGGAUAGCAAUUACAGGACGAACGUCGCUAAGUGGCUUCCCCGGGCUUCGGACGCUCUCGAGAAAUACUUUUUGGAUUCUUUGACGCUCAGCGAAACAAUGGGCCACCUGGCACGCAAAAUAGCCAAACUCGAGAAGAACGCGGUGCCGUGUCAUGCCUACGAUCAAACGGAGCUAAAACAUGUAAUUCGAGACUUGGAAUCGGUCAUUCCAGAAUACAGAAUGAUGCCCGAAGCAGUGAAAACAACAUGUCCAAUUUUCUUAUACGAAACUCAGCAUUUAAGCAUUACUUUACGAAGAGACGCAAACACCGUAGCCAGGUCUACAAGGCGCCUCAUCACUGCAAUCAGCGUUCACACUAAUCAUGAAUUUCUUAGAAUGAUAUUUAGAUUGGUCAACGUGUACAAUGAUUUAUUGAGCUUGGAUUACGAAGUGUCCCAUGCGUCAGUCAACAUAUUUUACAACGAUUGUCCAAACAUGUUAGAACCGCUAAAGAAGAUCUCGGUGGCUCGCAUAUUACAGAUCUUAGCUAAAAAUCGCGCCGAGGAGUACUGCCAUGAGCUGAUUGAUUGCCUUCUAGCUAAUUAUCGUUCUAGUUGCGAUAUGGAUGAUUCGAGGCUCGAUACUACCAAUGAUUUGCAAAUAUCUGAGAAUUCGAGUAUAGAAAUCUAUAGAACGCUCACGAAGCAUUUGAAUCCACCGGCCAAAGCUACUGUUACAUCUCAAAAAGAAUUUUCAAAUGUUGAAAGUAUGUUAGCUUUAGUUAAUGCACAAAAUCAUCAAGUCGUCCAGCUUUUGAACGUUGUCAAAAUCAUAUCACCACAGCUCCUGACUCCAGAUGCGACUAAGAUUGAAAAUGACGAGACGGUUUUCCGCAAAACGGCAAUCAAAAGGGUCACAGAGUUCUAUCAAGAAGUAGCCUGGGAUUCGGUCUCGAGUAUUUUGGAUCAUGUCAUUCUUUGGUGGUCAUCCGAAGCGUUGGCAGCUCGACAUAGUCAAGGUUCGCAUCAUUUAAAGGACUGGCUGCAUCAGUUUAUUCAACGGAAUGGUGUGCCGUCCACGGUAAGGCCAGCACUUCAAACUCUCUACGACGCGCUCGGCUGUCACGUGAGCAUCACCGCAUGGGACCGGCUGUUCCGACUCGCUUACAUUGCCUCUUUCGACUGCCAGUCGAGAGCAUCCUCGGAAGUGACGGAGGAUUCAAGGGGGCGCAGCAGGAAAAGCACCGACACGGGGCGACAGUUUGCCGAGGUGUUCGAGCUGCUGACGACGCUGAGCAACGAGUGCGAAAGCAGCGGCGAGUGGGCAGUUGGCGCAGCCCUCGGCGAGCUGCCGCUGUCGGAGCAAAUAAUCGUCCUGCACAGAAUGGACCACUCGGUGCACACGAUGCGACUCUGGGCUACGCAGGAGGCCCGGGCGAUCGCUCACAGCUGGGAGCUGCAGGUCUUCUUCCUGAUCGUCAAGGCGGACGUGGUCCGCUGCCUGGACAUCUUGUCCCGUCUGAAGCUCGCAGAUCACGACGGCGACCCAGGCGGCGGCGCGGCGAGCGUGCAGGUGCACGUCUGCGGCAAGAUGCGGGCCAAGAUCGCCUCCGAGGUGAAGGCCAACGUGCAACUGCUGCAGGAGGCGCCGGCGUGGUGCCUCGGCAUCCUGGCCCAGAUCGGCCGGGUGGUCAGCCUGGCCAGCCUGCACAUGUGCUUCCCCGAGCCGAGCUACUGGCGCAGCAGCUCGCCGCUCUCGGGCCGCGGCCCGAGCGCCUACGUCGAUACGUACUUCGAGCGGGUGCUGCUGCCGGUCCUCCGCGUGGCCGACGAACCCGAGACCCCGAACAUGGUGCUGCGCAUCAUGUGCGAGGCCUGGCUGGACUACAUCUACUUGCACAGGGUGAAGUUCAGCGAGCGGGGGGCUUUGCAGCUGCUGGCCGACUUCGGCCGCGUGCUCACCUGGGUGGCCGACUGCCCCGCGGCCUCGGACGCACUGCGCCGCCAGCUGCUGAGGAACGAGGUGCUGCGCCGCUGCGAGGGCGUGGGUCGGCUGCUCCUCCGCCGGCCCGGCGAGGCGGUCUCGAUGAGCUCGACGAGCAGCAGGAGAGCCGACGACGACGACUCGGCGCAGUCUCUGGGACCGGAGCGGAUGCCGGCCGAGAUGUACGUGCCCAACCAAGAGCAGUGGCUGGAGCUGCGCGCCUCUCGCCGACGCAACUUUUGCUGCGGCGCCGCCGGCGCGUUCUCGCUGAGCGAGUAGUGGGCGCUGCUCGCCACUCGCCACUCGCCUCUUGCGCUUGCGAUGCCGCCAGCUGACGCGCUCCGGCGACCGAUUCGCUCCGGGCCUCGCGAUCACGCGCCUCGUGCAGCGACCUUCCGCC